AGCUGACGGCGGAGUCGCCGGUGGCGGCGGCGGGGGGCGGGCGCCGGCACUCGGAGUUGUCCGCCGCCGCCGCGCAGAGCUGCCGCCGGGCCUGAGGCCGAGCCGCCGCCGCCAUGCCCUCGGAGAAGAGCUUCAAGCAGCGCCGCACCUUCGAGCAAAGAGUGGAAGAUGUACGACUGAUUCGAGAUCAACAUCCAACUAAAAUACCAGUGAUCAUUGAAAGGUACAAGGGAGAGAAGCAGCUUCCAGUUUUGGAUAAGACCAAGUUCCUGGUGCCAGAUCAUGUCAACAUGAGCGAGCUAAUCAAAAUUAUCAGGCGACGCCUGCAGCUGAACUCCAACCAGGCGUUCUUCCUCCUGGUGAACGGACACAGCAUGGUGAGCGUUUCCACACCCAUAUCCGAGGUGUACGAGAGCGAGAAGGACGAGGAUGGGUUCCUGUACAUGGUGUACGCCUCUCAGGAGACUUUCGGAGUGCAAUCUUCUGUCUAAGACACGCAAGCGGCUUCUAGCCUAGGAUUUUGGUUUACCCUUGGCCAUCACCCCCACUCUUCCCCACACGCACCCCAGGGAAAGAAACGGAUGUCACCUACGCUCUCAGUACCUUAGCAUAGGCUUGCUUUAGCAGGUGUCUCAUCUUACCUUGCCUUGUUUGUGACUAUUAAACAGUACAGACGAGCACCUCCAGCUUUGAAACCUGCUGUAAUAUUCCACACAGGCACAUUUACAUUUCUGGACUUUAUGAAUGGAACCCAAUUGUGCAUGUGACAAUUGCAAAUAAAGGGACAUUCGAUUGACUUUUAACAAGCAAACAGGCACCAGGGAGGAGCUGAAGUGUUUCCUGUGACAGUUUUCUGGAAAAUCUCCCUAUGAUUCCUUAAAGCUUUUUUUUUUUUUUUUAAAAAUGGGAAGGCUUCUGAUGAGAGCAAAUACGUUUUAAUGUUUCAAAGCAGAGCUUUGUCUCCUGCAGCUCGAUCAGACUCGUGUCAGUGCUGCAGUGAGUCAAGGCAAGUGCUUGGGGUGAGCUGGGGGAGUACAACUCUUUUUGUCUCCGUUUUCUGUGGCACCGCAAACUUAGGCAUGGUGCCAGUUUCUGAAAUACUCAUACCAAACACCACAGCUUUAUUGUAGUUUUAGGAAGUGUUUAACUGUAAAAUACACACCUGGACAGGUAACAUUGAAAUAAACUCCAGUCUGUUAUGAAUUUCCAAUCCCUCUGUGUUCAGUGAAACACUGUUCUUCAUACGAGCUCUCUUCCAAAAGCUCACCCCCCUCUAGCCCUGAGGUUUGCAAUUCCCUUGCCCGGGCAGAGUGUCUGCUGGGAAAAGGUAGUCGAGGGACCCGCUGCCAGCACACGGGGCUGUCAGGAUGCGUGCAGCCGGCCGCAGAGCGGGCUGGUGCGAUCCGAGACGCGAGCGGCGCCCGUAUCGCUCGCGUUCUCGGGAGCGCUGCCUGGCCUCGCCGUCUCCAUCUGCUCGGCAGGGCGGGUGCGUUCCAGCCCUCCGAUGUGAGCGGGCAAACGGCUUUGCUGUACACACCUCCGUACUGAACAUUGGACUCGGGACAUGCCACUGGAAUUACCAACCCACACUGCCUAACCAGUCUGUCACUUGUUUUGCACGUUACCACCGAGGGGGAGGUCAGGGAGAAGCGCUUUUAAAAGCAGCUCAUGUCCGGGAGUUGCUGUCGAGAGUUGACGAACAAAUGAUUUUUUUUCCAUCACUGAAGUCUCCUGCCAUUUGCACGGGGUUUGGAAGAUCUUGGUGUUACUACUGUCCUGAGCAGGGAGGCAGCCUGUGCAGAGGAAAGGUAUCUCGUAGGACCCAUGUUUUUCCUCUAGAGUCGUUGUCAAGUGAAGCGUAGCAGGAUGAGAUUACUCUUGUAUAUUACGUGUCUGUGAACUAACUACAUCUGUUACUGGAAGCUAACUUACUAUAAUGGGGGAAAAAGAAGCAAUACUACUGCGUCUUGGCACUCUAGCUCAGUAAGGUGUACAAUUUGUACCUAUCUACACCUCUUUGCAUGCAUCUCGUUCACGCUUACUUCAGAUUUUUUUAUUGUUCUUUGUGUUUUUACUCCAAUGUAAACUUUUAAAUGCAGCUUGUUCUAUGUUUAGUUUUGUUCGUGUAAGAAAUUGUUUAACUCAUAACUGACAACCAUACUUGUAAUUACGACGUGAUUGACUGAUAUUCCUGUACAAAUGUUGCUUUUUUAAAAUUAAUACAGUGCUGAUAUGGAUGGAUUACAUCCCAACUUAA